UGUGGCUGGGAGAGGCUUUUGCUGCCUUAUCCCCAAACACACCAGUGAGAGUGUCAGUCUCCACUCUCCGGCUGCUCCGUCGGUUACGAUGCUGAAAGCUCCUCCCACCAGUUUCCUCUCCUCGCUGGACCCGGGUGGAUGGCGCCGGCGACCUUUCCGACGGUCUCCGCCGCCGAUUUCGGCGGCUCUGAUGACCAAUCCCGCUUACUUCGAGGUGGGAAGAUACUUGGGUGGCUACGGUUUCAUGAACAUCACAAGUUAUCCAUCUUCUCAAUUUGGAGGGCUUCCAGAUGUUGCUGGUAUUCAAAACCUCGGUCUUGGAUAUUCACCGGAAGAGAUUGAGCGAUUGAGAGCUCAAGAUGUUGGAGAAGGAGAAGUUAAUAUUAGACUUUAUGAGGGAAGAGUGGUUCAAGGUCCACUGAAGGGCACAGAAGCUCUAUUUAAGGUAUAUCCUGGGUCCCGUUCUGGUGCUUCUGAAGCUGACUUGAUGGCAGUUAAUGAGCUAAGAACUCAUGCUUUUCUUCAGAAUGAUGCUAGUGACAUCUGCGAGAACAUUCAGUUUCUGUUAGGAGCCUUUGAGACGGCUACUGGAGAGCAGUGGCUUGCCUUCCGUGAUGACGGGAGAUAUAGUGCUGCAGACUAUGCAAAAUUAACCAGUGAAAGAAAACUGAAGGAGCAAUCUGGAUCCAUAUCGUUCUGGAAUCCUUACGAUCGAGCAUACAAAUUGGAACUAAAGCGAUACUUUGUUCUUAAGCUGCUUUAUGGAGCUAUGUGUGGCCUUGUUCACAUGCAUAAUCAUGAUAGACUGCACCAAAGCCUUGGUCCCUCUUCUGUUGUUCUCAAUACUGUAGCAGAGAAAAAUGGGCGCUAUUUGGUUCCGCAUCUCCGUGAUUUAGCUUUCUCUGUAGAUAUUGGGUAUUCGUCUGUUGGUUCUGGAGCAUUGUCGGAUGGACUGUGGCGUCGAGCAUCUGCUGCUGGAGCAUCAACUCCUCUGGAGAAGCGAGCUUUUGGAAUAGCUGACGACAUAUAUGGAGCUGGGCUACUUCUUGCAUACAUGUCAUUUAUUCCCUUUUGCGAAGCAGGAACUAUGGAUGGCAUUUCAUUGCAGAGACUUUUGGAGAAUACGUUCCGUCUCGACAUUUAUGCUGCAAGAGAGUACUUUCUGGCAGAUGACCGGUUGUCCGAAGCUGUAGAUUUUCUAGACUUGGGUGAUGGUGCCGGCUGGGAGUUGUUGCAGGCAAUGCUAAAUCCGGACUAUCGUAAGCGUCCAAUUGCUGAAGCUGUACUGAACCAUAGGUUUUUGACUGGGGCUGUCUUAUGGAACUAAUCAGCAACAAGAUUCCACAAGGUCCCGGCGAAAAAAAAAAACAAGAUUCCACAAGCAAAUUCAUGAUGUACCGUACAUUCAAAUGUUUGCAUUGUAUGGAAAAAAUUUGUACGAAAUGUCCAAGCAUUUCAUGAAAUCAGAUGCUUCUGUGUGCUUAAACUACCGGGAGCGAUGUAUAUAGUCAAUGAAUCGUGUGUGAGAAUAGCAACAUGAUCGAUUUCUUUUGCGGGGUUAUUCUUGAUUAUGUUCUCUGACUCCCUUUUUAUUUUCAGAUUUGUUUAUAUGAACA